AUGGCCACCAAAUCAGCAAUUCGCUCGUACAACUCCCCUAGUACCAACAACACUAGAUCCAACAGCCUAUCCAACCCCAAUCUCUGCACGUCCACACAGAACUUCAUAUCAACAAUUUCAAAACUCUUCCUUUCAAUACGUACCACCAACAACCGCAGAAAAACAACUACCUACCCCCGCUAUCCACACCCACCACGUGACCCACAACAGCCAGACGAUCGAAGCGUGUACACUCCAGCGGAAGCACGCGCCGCCUAUAGCCCAUAUACUCAGGACGCACGUCCUUAUUCACAGGACCCGCGCUACACCCAAGACCACCCUCGUCCACCCUAUACCACAACUCCCGACCCUAGAUACGAUGCACGUGCAACCUACCCAGCACAAGAUGCGAGGACAUACCAAGACCCGCGCUAUCCAGAUCCACAAAGGGCCUAUCCAGCCGAUCAACGGGGCUAUCAGACAAGCCCUGAAAUCGAGAGGACCUAUCAGGAUCCGCGCUAUCCCCCUCAGGAUGCCCGUCCAGCCUAUGACCCACAUGGCCGUCCCUAUCCUCAGGAAUCAAGGCCUUAUGCACCUCCGCCGCAGCCGGCUCCACCGCAGUCCCAAACGCAAGACACGCGAUACACCCCCACCCAAGAAGCACGAAAUACAUACCCUCCACCUGCGCCUCCCUAUCCCCCAGCGCAGGAUACAAGAUCAUAUGCGCCCCCUCCCCCUGUAGAACGUACUUAUUCGCAAACAGAGGUGCGGGGGUAUCCGGGGGAAAGGCAACAACAACAGCAGUUAGGUUAUUCGCAUGAUGCGCAACAGGGCAGGGUCGAUCAACGUUCGUCUGUGAUGGAAUCACAGCCACAAUCCCAAACACCUCACUCUCAUUCACAACCUCAACCUUCACGCGAGCAACGCGGAACGACUUCCAACGAUCGUAAUUUAGGCGUGGUCGAGCCUCGCGCUGUAGAAGUGAGGCCUGCUUUAUUGCAGAGGCAGUCGGCGAGCGAUGCGAGACCUGUGGCGGCGGAGACUAGGAGUGGGUUGGAGACACAAGUGAGGGGAGUGGCGAUGGAGACGCAGCCGAGGGGUGUGGGUAUGGAGACGCAGAGGCCGCCGGCGUUCGAAUCACAGAGGCCACCAGCGUUCGAGUCGCAGGUGAGGAGAGCGGGGGUCGAGACACAGACACAGACGCAAGGCAGACAGGCAGUAUUUGAGCCUCAGCCGAGGCAGACGAAUUUAGAGACGCAGACAAGACCACCGGUAUUUGAGACACAGGCGAGACCCACGGCUUUCGAGUCUCAGCCAAGGUCGACGUUUGAACCUCAGAGGCAGACGAUGAUCGAGUCACAAGCAAGACCGACAUUUGAGCCUCAACCACGAUCUGCAGUUCUUGAGUCGCAAGCGAGACCCACACCAUUCGAGCCUCAGCCAAGACCGCCUAUGAUGUUGGAAGGUCCAGCGAGAUCUACGGGGUUUGUCUCGCAGUCGCAGUCUCAAUUGCAGUCUCAAGGAUCUCAAAGGCUUGCGGGAGGUGACAGGAUGAGCAAGGAAGAUGUCAUUCGAGAGAUCGUUCAGCAUUGUACAGCGCUGUAUAAAUUUGCAGAUCAUUACUCCACCCUCCAAUCUUCCAAUCCACAUUUCCAACCGCCUGCAGAAGAACUCGCAGAAAUGACGGCGCGGGCAGGAGAAGUUGUCCGUCUUCUCGAAGCACUCCGACACGAUACACCCAUCUUUCCAUCCUCCCUCCUCUCGACACCUGCAUUCACUUCCCCAUCCGGGUCCCACGCACUCGUCUCAGUGCACCCCCACUCCUUAGAAGCAGCCGUGAAAGGACAUAUGACCUCAAGCUCCAGCUUAGGAAUGAACAUAAUGGAUAUAGAUGCGCCCGAUCGGGCGCCGAAGCGGCCUUGGGAGGAUGUAGAAGGCAUGCUACCUCCUGGGUCUGGGCCUGGUAUCGCCCCGUCUUCAUCGGCAGGGCAUAUUCCUAUUCCUCUCGCAUCUCCGUCGGGGUUAGGAGCGGCGCAGGUUCCUGGAACGGGUACGGGUUUGGGUGUGUCACAGGAUCAAGACCGAUCGAUGGCUGAAGCGGAUAUGGAACUUAUAAGAACUAAGAGGGCGCUAACGACUAUGGCUGCUGCUGCUGCGUUGGGUGGGAGUGGGAGUGGAGGGAGUGGAGGGAAGAAUAAGUAUCGAAAGCGGAGUCGCGCAACACCUCCUGGAAAGUGUCAUUCCUGCAAUAUUCGGGAGACACCAGAGUGGAGACGAGGACCGGACGACUACGCGAAGCUUGUGCGUAAGCGCGAGAAAGCGCUCGCAAAUGGGGAAACGCCCUCGAUCCAGCGCAUCGAUAUGGAGAUGCUACGCGCAAGUGCGCGAGCUGCUGAUGCCGACAAGGGUGGGCGAGCUGCAUUAGGAGGCGGAUCUGCCGGUGGAGCCGUCAUGAAUUCAGUUAGCGGAAACGGACACGGAAGUGGCAGCGGAAGUGGGAGUGGGAGUGGGAACGGCGGAGGAGACGACAAGAUGAACCUAGGCAUCCAUCAAGGCUCGUUCCAGAUCAACACGGACGCCGGCGAUGCGAUGCAGGAUCAAGAUCCUAAUCUGAAUUCGCAGUCGAGCGCAGGCGGGACGUAUACGCGUCCUCCGCGCCCUGCUCAUUCUAAGCGCCCAUCGUCGGCUCGGGUGAUGCAGUCCCCUAUGGGCGGGCAACAUCCAUCUGCGCAUCAUCCGUCUGGGCAGACACCGUCCAUGCCUCAUCAUGCGACGCCUUCUGGGACUCAUUUGUCGACGCCAUCUGUGCAGCACCACCAAACGCCUUCUACGCACCAUCAGACGCCAUCUGCGCAUCACCAAACGCCGUCUGUGCAACACCAUCAAACGCCAUCCAUAAGCCAUCACACGGCCUCUUCUGUGAAUCAUCAAACUGGUAAUUCGUCAUCGGGAUCUACGUCGCGUCACCCACCUGCUGCAUCGCAUACGCCUGUUGCGCAGCCUGCUUCUCAACAGAAUCAAGGGCACCAUCAGUCGACCACGCAAGGACAUCAUCAAUCUGCGUCGUCGCAGGGGCAUCAUCAAUCUACUGCGCAAGGACACCAUCAAUCUACUGCGCAAGGACAUCAUCAAUCUGCAUCGGCGCAAGGACAUCAUCAAUCUACGUCCGGGCAAGGACAUCACCAACCCUCUGUCCACCACCCUUCGUCUCGGCCCGUACCGCCGCCUACGCCACCUUGGUACCUUCCCCCUGCUAAUCAGUCGCAUUCGAUGCUGAGGCAGUGAAGUUUUGAGAGUUGAUAAUUUUAGGUCUAUCGUUGCCCACAAUAAGGAAGGGGUACGAUGAUAAUACAUGGGGCUAUAGCUAUUCGUGCUGAUAUCACGCCGGGGGUUAUAACCAUUCAUGCUGAUCUCACGAGGUUUGUACUCAUCAAAUCCACCCACAUCGGGAUUUCAAUUUCUUUUGCACUGAUCUCACAAACUUGUUUUCCUUGUUGUUCUUUGUAUUACGCAUCGCACUGUCCGCAUCUCCGACUUCUUCCAAGACUUUGCUUCGUUAAUGAGCUCUUGUAAUUCAUUUUAUCUU